UGAGCUACGAAGCAGGAUUCAAGAGCCAUGCACAAACAUUAGCAUGGAAUCUGGGAUGGCCCUUAAAGAAUCACUAUUGAUACUUAAACACAUGACUAAGUCAUCAAUGCCAAAUCCCCAUGUGGCGAAUGCUAAAAAUGCUGCUGAAUCUCUAAAAUCCGUUCUAAGAACAAACCCGUGGGAAGGAGCUGAUCAUUUGGAGAUAAUACCAGCAGCUACGGUGGCAUCACUUCUAAUUGAUAUUGUGAUUUGUGUUGAGAAUAUUUGUGAAGCUGUUGACGAACUAGCAACCCUAGCAAAUUUUGUGCCGUCUGAGUUACUCCAUCGAGGAACAGUGCAACCUAUUUCUAAUAGUGAUGGUUUGGUUCAUGUCAUUUCCGUUGCUGAGUGAACAUCAAGAUUAGAAUUAAUCACAAUAAUUGAGAAGAAAAACUUACUAACGAAAUGGAUCAAAUUUGUA